ACUUGGUUUGUUUCGUUUACAAUUUUAAUCCUCAAGUAUCUAGAGCAAUAAUUAUUAUAAUAAUCAAAAGUAUUCAAAUAUUUUUAAAAAAUGUCAUACUGAACGGUUGUGAGAAGUUUUCAAAGUCACGUAUUUUAAAAAGUCCUGAAAGUUGUUUUGAUUUUGGUAGCCGAUGAUAAAAAUUAGACAAUGAGUGAAUCAUGCGUUGAAACACCUGAAGCACCGGCAUGGUUAUCAAAAUUAGAGAGCCAGAGAGAAAAAUUGAGCAAAGCAAGACUUGGCCAUGAUAGCGGUGCAGGUGCCCCUUGCAACUCUUGUGGACCAACAUGCCCUGGACUGGAUUUACAUUUUUGGAGGAAGGUGUGCAGAUCUUGUCACUGCAGCAAAGAUGUGCAUGAUGUUCAGGAUGAUGAUUUGACAGGAUGGGCGCAAUUCGAACUGCUCGGCACUGCAAAGCCUAAAAAAGGAUCAUUGCCUUUAAUUAAAAUCAAAGGAGUAACUGAUAAGCCUGUUAAGCUGGACUGGGUUCCUCCUAAUGCCUCAACAGAAUUGGUUUCAGAAUAUAUGUCCUGCUUGGGAGAUCUGGCUCCAGUGUCUGGAUCUGAAGCUGCCAAGAAACGUCGAGCUCAACUGCGCACUCAACUACCACCACAUGACGUCGCCCCUGCCACUAGGCAAGAUGCAUCUGAACAGGAGAAAGAAGAACACACUGAAUACAUUGCAAGAAUCAAGGACCAUGUGGUUGGAAUGGGUAAUGUUGUAAGAGUUGGGCCUUUACAAAAUGGAGAAGUUUAUUCAGUUGAGAAUAGCAAAACACACACCAAGUCCUAUGCUCUGCCAUUGAAAAUAUCUAACAUAUCCAGGGGUCUUAAGUACAAUAUUGUACCCAAAAAUACUUCUGACAAGAAACUUGUGCUAGAUUCCCAAGGUAAUAUUGUGAGCAGCGCUGCUAAUUUACCGGAUUACAACUCCAGUCCAAUAUUGAGUAGGAUUGUGAAAGACAAACUUCACAUUAUGCACAUCGAAUCAGACAGGAUUAAGAGUGCAGUAGAACAUGGUCCAGUAUAUGACAAGCUUCUGAAAAAUCUUAAUGAUUUAAACAUCCCAGUUGCUAAUGAUGUUUAUCUUCAACCCAUAAAGCUGUUCCGUGAUGAGUUCAAUAAAAACCUUCAGUUCAAGGAUGAGGUCACUGAGUUUGCAAACAAAUCUUUGGGUGCUCAAAUAAUGCCUGAGAUGGUUCCCUUGUCUAAUAACAACAUCAUAGGGGCUGCAAAGUUACUGGAAUGUAGAAUCCAGAAGGGCACAAUUUUUGCUCCAAAUGGUGAAAUAUGGAGCUGGAAGCAUGAGCCCACUACACCUGAACAUAGUGGUACUAUUUGCUCAACUAAAAUCAAUCCCCAAUUCUCUACUGUCACAAAACCUAUCAAUCAAGUGGAGCCUCAGCAGACUGCACCUCUUCGGGACUAUUUAAGGACCCACUCCGAGGAGGACCUCCCACCCCCGCCGCUGCCUAAUUACAACACAUACCCUGGAGCUAUUUCUACAUCUCCACAAAACAAGGACUGGAACACCUCUCCUGAGAACUAUCAUGUUUGUGAACAAUCUCUAAAUCCACAACAAAUUGGUAACUACGCAGAACAGAUUGAUCCGAUGCUCACUCAGUUUGCUGAUAUGGCUUUGAGCCCCGCAGAAAUGGAGUUCAACAGAAAACUUUAUAAUGAAGGAGUUCCCUGCCAGAGAUGUCAAAAUUCUAUGUUCGCUGGGGAAGUGGCUGUGAAAGCAGAGAGGGCAGGGCAGGAGGCGAUUUGGCACCCCCAGUGUUUCACAUGUUGCAAGUGUAACGAACUUCUGGCUGAUCUUGUAUAUUUCUACUACAAGGGUGAAAUUUAUUGUGCCAGGGACUUGGCAAAUGUCCUGGAAAUACCUAGAUGUGCAGGAUGCGAUGAGCUUAUAUUCACAAGACCCUAUACUGCUGCUGAGGGAAGGGCAUUCCAUGUGCAACAUUUCUGUUGCUACCACUGUGAUGCUCCUCUUGGAGGUAAAAAAUAUGUGCCGGAUGAUAAGACAGGUUUGCCUGUCUGUUUGUCCUGUUAUGAUCAAUACUAUGCUGAAAAGUGUAAGGCUUGCGGAGGUGUCAUAGGCCCAGAGCAGCAGGGUGUCUCUUGGAGUAACAUUCAUUGGCAUGCCGAUUGUUUUAUUUGUUCUGGUCGUAUGUGCGGCAAGAGCCUCCUGAGUGGUAGGUUUGUUGUGAAGCAAGAAAUGCCAUUUUGUAGUGUGCCAUGUGUUCAAAGCAGAAUUAAAUAAAUAACAAAAUAUCAGUCAAGAUUGGAUAGAGAGUUUAUAGAUGUAUUUUUCUAUAAAUAAUGAAAA